AAGAAUUCCGGAGCAUGCCCCAGCAGUACAGAUCACAUCGACCAAGGGCUUAGACAUUCACCCUGUCACUGGUCCUACACACCUAGACCAACAGCCCAUACAGUGUGAGCUUGGAGAUACUGACCAUCUACAGAGAGCCUGGAAAUACCGCCUAACCACCAACACCAAAUACAGAACCGGUGAUCACCAGCUCACACUACCUUCCUCUACUGGGCAUAUAUUACAAUCAUUAAAGACAUGCUACCUGCUACAUUCAAGCUGUGCGCUGGGAUAUCAUACCGACAUCUACGCAACAUGACAGGUCUACGGAGGACGGCCGCUGUAGCUCUCUCACAUGAACUGGAAAAACUUGCUCUGGUUGGACCUGGGCCCAGUCAAUGGAUAAACCAAGUUCGAAGAAGGAGUUCCUUACUGAGUUCAAGGCUUGAAGAAAAGGUCUUUAAUGAAGCAGAGAUAUCCUACAUCAAACAGGGACAGGAGGCAUUAAAGAAGUCAAUGAGCAUCCUUGGAGAGCAGGAUGGAUGGAAAGUUGAGAUUGUGGCGGAAAACGGAGAUAAAGUAUUAAGUAAGGUCUUGCCAGACAUUGGAAAGGUCUUUAAGCUUGAGGCGGUUGUGGGAAAGCCUCUGGAUAGAGUCUAUGGAGAACUGGUGGACAACAUGGAAAGCAUGGGAGAGUGGAAUCCCAAUGUCAAAGAAAUCAAGAUUCUUCAAAGAAUUGGUAACGACACAGUGAUAACGCACGAGAAAGCAGCAGAGACUGCUGGGAAUAUCAUUGGACCUCGUGAUUUUGUAAGUGUUCGGUGCAACAAGAGGAGAGGCUCCACCUGCAUAUUGGCCGGCAUGUCAACAAGGUUUGGAGGAAUGCCGGAACAGAAAGGCUACAUCAGGGCAGAGAACGGACCUACAUGUAUGGUUCUACAUCCGGUACUUGAAGAUCCAUCAAAGACUAAACUAACUUGGCUUCUCAGUAUUGACCUGAAGGGGUGGUUACCCAAGUCUAUCAUCAACCAGGUUCUCUCCCAGACACAAGUGGAUUUUGCCAAACAUCUUCGGAGUCGAGUGGCCAUGUCCUCUAAUGUGUCUCUCUGCUAACACAGCACCCUUCAUCGACUUGGGACAAUCAUCAUCCAUUCAUCUGUCAUUUUAAGACUCCUUUCAGAAUUUUGUCAACAGCCUCGAUCACCAUCUGCUAUAAGUUAUGGGCAUUUCCUUAAGCAAACUAUUUUUCUUUUAAAUGAUUACUAUGCCAAGUCCAGGGGCUAUGCCCUAAUGAUCAGAAAAAGUUAUAUUGUAGUUUUUACAAAUUACUGUUCUUAUACAUGCCUUAUCGAACAUCUUUUCAACCUACCUUACCAGAACGAACUGUUUUGCUUCAUGUUCUAGAAAUAGUACUUGAUAUUCUUGCUACAAAUUAUGGCAAUUAAAAAGCACUACAAAAGCUCAACAUAAAUAAAAUGUGGAGAAGUCAUUAGAUUUGACCCAAAGUCCCAGGUUUAAUGGGCCUCAAAUCUCCUAAAGUACAGCCAUUUAUUUUGUUUGUUUUGGAAGAGUUAGAACCUCUGUCAUUCUUUUAAUGCUAUCUCUGCAACUAGAUUAACCCUCUAUUUGUCCUGGUGACCAUUGUCACUCAGACAGAAAGUAAUGGGAAAUCAAAAAUGUUACAGUUGUCACCAAAAAAGGAGAUAAGUAGAAAUCUUCCAACAAGGAUACACAUUCUGGUGACAACUGUCUAAGAGGGUAAUUUCUGUAGAGAUGAGAUGCAACAAGACGUGAAGGGAAAUCUCCCCAACGAGACACGGCAUACAAUAAACUAACAGGUAACCUCCCUACUAUAGUCAAAAGCAAAAAACAAAAAACAACACAUACACUUAAAAUAGAACAAAUGUGUAAAUUUUAAAUUGCAACCAAGGACCUAGAUGCUAGUGAAGAGAUAUUCCACAUUUAUGAUCAUAUUUCCAGGUAAUACUGGCCCAAAAUGAAUUCGGUGUUCAGCUUAUUUAGCCUAUUAUUAAAAUGUGUAUUGUGAAAACACAUACAUAUUAAUAGCUCAUGGGAAAUAUAUCAUACAUCUGUCUUUAUUUGUGAUUUCCUGUUUUUUCCAUACCUCUUCCAAAAAAAAAAGAAAAAAAAAAAAAA